UGGUUAAAAAUUCAUUUUGGUUUUUACGCAUCAGUGCAUUGUGCAAAAAAAGAAGACAUGAAAAUAAGAAAUUCAAGGCCACGGAACAAAAUAAAAGAUGACACAUACAAAAGAAAAUAAAAAGCCAUUGGGUGUGGAUGGUAGGUCCCUUAGGAUUUCAUGAGACUCUGGUAGUCUCAAUCCCAAUCAAAUAUUGGGAAUUGGGAAUUAUAAUAAUUCCCACUGUAUGAUCACAGCAACAGCAGAAGAUAUUUGUAUUGCAUGUUAUUUUUGCUACAGGAACUAAUGCUCGCAGUCCCAUGUAGUGAGAGACUAACAUAAGCAAUGCAUAACUAACCUAAUGUAUUCUAAUACGGGUUGAUGAAGCAAGCGUUCGGAUUGGUUGAGAGUGAGUCACGGGGUGUACAUUAUUGAGCCAUAAUGUACAGUACCUGUUUGAUCUAGAUGUUUUUCUGUAGACUACUGAAAUGUGAUAAAAAAAAACAUUUGGUGGCUACAACUAUUUUGUGCUAAAAGGCAGCUAUUACUUACUAUGUUGUAAGAACACCCUCAAACUGUUACAUUAUUGGACAAUAAAGUACAUCCUCUCGUACCUUAUUGCUUAAAUAUAAAUGUCAAAAAGUACAGAUUACCCAAAUGUGGUUAUUCCAUUUAAUUGAAAGCUCUCCAGGAACUACACAAUAUCCCCCUUGCGCAACUCCAACAUGAGCUGGAAAACCCUGCCUCGUAUCCUUUUGUUGUGUAAAGGGAACUUGAGCAAGGAGGAAGGACUCACAUAAAGAGAACACAAUCAGCAGGGAGCCACACAUUCAGAGCACCACAUCACUGACGAUAGCAGGAGAGGUUUGGGGAUUUUAAGUUGACAGAGUGCUGAUGAACUACACAAACCAAACCCAGGAGGAGCUCUUCUCCUGCUACAGCCCCUCCGUCGUUGGUUACCGGUACUUUGCAGUGCUGUGGGGAUGUGCCGUGACCCUCACAGGUACGGUGGGCAAUCUGAUGACCAUUCUGGCCUUCGCCGUGGACCCACAUCUGAGGACUCGAUUCAAUGUGCUCAUCGUCAACUUAGCCCUAGCGGAUCUCCUGUACUGCACCGUAUUGCAGCCCAUCUCCGUUGACUCCUAUUUACACCUGAGAUGGCGCUGCGGUCAGCUCUGGUGCAGUAUCUUCGGCCUGCUGCUCUUCCUCUCCAACUCUGUCUCUAUUAUCACGCUCUGCCUGGUAGCAGUGAGCAGAUAUCUCCUGGUCACAAGAAGGGCCUUGUUUGAGCGUGUCUUCUCCAACAAUGGUCUCAUUUUACUCCUGAUCUCGACAUGGGCACUGGGCCUGGCCAGCUUUGGCCCACUGUGGCCUGUGUAUGUGUUUGUGCCGCAAGUGUGCACAUGCAGCUUCCACCGCACCAGGGGUCGUCCCUACAGCACCAUCUUGCUCUUCUUCUACUUUUUUGUGGGCUUGGGCUGCGUUGGUGUUUUCUACUUCCUCAUCUACAGACGUGUGAAGGUUGCCUCACAAGCUCUGCUCCGCUACAGGCCGAGCCGCCGGUCUUCCAGAAAGAAACCAGCUCCUUCAGAACAAGGGACUGACGAUAGUGGUGUAGAGAGUGGCACGGCAAAGACGUGUAGCACUGAGAUGAGCAGCCAGAUGGAUCCAUCCAAAGAUACGGAUGAGAUAAGUGGUGAAAACUCCUCUGAAUUCGUCGAGGGGUCUGCCGUGGCCCCAAAUCCAUCAGCGAUCAAGUGCCCCGCUGGUAUCGUCUCAGGAUCCCCUUCAGCCACACCUGCUCCCACCACCACUGCAAAGCCCUCCUCCCACUCGGGAACUUCAGGAGGUGAUGACGAAUUUAAGCGUGUGACACGCAUGUGCUUCACUGUUUUUCUAUGUUUUGUCUUCUGCUUUGUCCCCUUCCUGUUGCUCAACAUAGCCGACAAACAAAACCGCGCCCCUCAGGUGCUGCACAUGUUUGUUGCGAACCUCACCUGGCUCAACAGCUGUAUCAACCCUGUGCUCUAUGCUGUCAUGAAUCGUCAAUUUCGACAGGCCUACCACUUGUUGCUCAUCAGGGCUAUGGCCCCAUUUACCGGCCUCUGGACCUGGUGGUCACAAGUAAAACAAUAAACUCCUGGGCUUUAAAUGUGCCUGAUGUAAAGCCAGUAUAAUAUUAUUCUGUCACUGUUGGGUUACUUUUCCUUGUUAUAAAUGUAUGAUAUCAUUUAUUUAUAUCAUGUGUGAUGUAAUCAUGCAUCUUUGAAUACAAUAAUAUAUAUUGUAUUCAAAUCUGGUAUUGGAUUCCAUUAUUUUGAUGAAUACAAUUCAGUAAAGCAAUGUUUAUUUCAAGAUCGAUGUUGCUUCAAAAGAAAAUUCUCAGUCACAUCCACACAGUGAGACAUACAGCUCAAUAAGCAGUGGUACCGGAAUUGAUACUCAGUAUACCCAAAGUAUACCGAAAGCUGAGGUUUUGGUAUUGGUAUCGGUAUCAGGAAGUUUUAACAGAAAUGUACAAGAGUAUGUUAUGUAUUUAUGUCAUGUGUGGAAUAAACUAUAUUUUGUAAUAGAUCAUUUCUUGGUGCAUUCAGUGUUCAAUUCCCAACACUUGGUGUCCAUUAUGUCACAUGAAAAACCACCCUUGUUACGAAAUCAGCACAGGAUACUCUGAAACAAAACAUGCCUAAAAUCAGCAAUUCAGGAACUUCUGCCUGUCUCAACUCUGUAGGCUAGUGUCCGUCCGAGUGUGCAUGCGUAUGCAUGAUCAGUUGUGUCAAGGCAUUCAUAUCAACAAAGGCAAAUGAAAUUCAUACUUAUGUCUACUCUUAACCUCACAAGAUGUGAUUUAUCUUGCAAGAGGUUUUACAAAAGAGAAACCU